AUGCCGGUGCGACGAAAGGAAGGAAAGUCGCGGUUUGGGGCCAACAAACCCGGCCAACUGUCGGAUCGAACGCGACAACCCAAGAGCAAGACGGUCGAUGCGGGCAGUUUGCGAUAUUCCGAGCAGACUUCCAACAAUGAGCGGAUCGAGGCCACUCGACUGGGCAACCAAAUCGACGAUGCUCAGGGAUUCGAGAGAUUUGAGGCGGGAAAGAAGCGGACGGGAUGGCUCUGCAACAUGCACAGCACCGCCAUUGAAGACUCCAAGGUGCCGGGAGGGAGGGCCGCCGUGGAUUUCUACUUCAUCAACGACGAGGGCGAGUCGUUCAAGGCCAGCGUGGAAUAUCAGCCCUACUUUCUCAUCGCCGUCAAAAAGGGCAGGGAGCCCGAGGUGGAGGAGUUUGUCAAGCGGGGAUACGAGGGAUUGGUCGUGGCGGUGGAAAAGGUGGAGAAGGAGGACCUCAAAAUGCCCAAUCACUUGUUGGGAUAUCGAAGGACUUUUCUGAAAUUGUCCUUUGCCAAUGUCAACGAUUUGAUGGCGGUACGACGAGCAAUCAUGCCGAUUGCCGAGAAGAACAAGUGCCAGACGAGCGCCAUGGACACAUAUGCCGAAGUCGCCAGUGCAAAUGCUGGAUUCGAUCUGUUCGAGGACGAAUCCGAACAAGACCGACGACGCACGGGACUUGCAGAUGCCAGCGACUUCAUCAUGGAUAUCCGAGAAUACGACGUGCCAUAUCACGUCCGAGUCGCCAUCGACCUGGWUAUCCGGAUAGGAAAGUGGUACACGGUCGAAGCAAAGCACGGCCACAUCAAAAUGACGUGCAUUGAAGAGCGAUUACAACGUGCCGACCCCAUUGUCAUGGCCUACGAUAUUGAAACGACAAAACUUCCCCUCAAGUUCCCCGACGCUGCCAUUGAUCAGGUCAUGAUGAUUUCAUACAUGAUUGACGGCCAAGGUUUCCUCAUCACCAAUCGAGAGAUUGUAUCCGAGGACAUUCAAGACUUCGACUACACCCCAAAGCCGGAAUUCCAAGGCCCGUUUAUGAUCUUUAACGAGCCCAACGAAGAAGCCGUCUUGGAGAGAUUCUUCACUUGCAUCAAGGAAGCACGGCCGACCAUCAUUGUCACAUACAACGGAGAUUUCUUCGAUUGGCCGUUUGUGGAAGCACGUGCCAGUGWGCAUGGCAUGGACAUGUACCAAGAGAUUGGCUUUCGGAAGAACAACGAUGACAUUUAUCAGUCAACUCAUUGCGCACACAUGGACGCCUUCGCCUGGGUGAGCCGUGACUCAUACCUCCCACAAGGAAGUCGUGGUUUGAAGGCGGUGACAGUGGCCAAAUUGGGCUACGAUCCGGAUGAACUCGAUCCGGAAUUGAUGACUCCCUACGCACAAGAACGACCACAAACCCUCGCAGAGUACUCCGUCUCGGAUGCCGUGGCCACAUACUACCUCUACAUGAAAUACGUGCAUCCCUUCAUCUUCUCGCUGUGUACCAUCAUUCCCCUCGGACCGGAUGAUGUGCUGCGAAAAGGAACGGGGACGCUCUGUGAGAUGUUACUCAUGGUCGAGGCCUACAAAAAGGAGAUUGUCCUCCCUAACAAGCACGUCCAGCCACGCGAGGCUUUCUGGGAAGGCCAUCUAUUAGACAGUGAAACAUAUGUCGGAGGACACGUGGAGAGUAUCGAAGCCGGAGUGUUUAGAGCUGACAUACCCACCAACUUUGCCGUGGAUCCGACCGCGAUUGAUGAUCUACUACGAGAUCUGGACGCAGCGCUGAAGUUUUGCAUUGAAGUUGAAGAGAAGAAGUCCCUGGAAGAUGUGGAGAACUAUGAUGAAGUUAAAGCUCAGAUUGUUGACCGGCUGACGCAACUAAAGGAGACUCCAAACAGACUGGAGAAGCCACUGAUAUACCAUUUGGAUGUCGCAUCCAUGUAUCCCAACAUCAUGACGACAAAUCGACUGCAACCUGACAGUAUGAUUGACGAAUCUGUCUGUGCUGCUUGCGAUUUCAACCGACCUGGAAAGACUUGCGACCGGAGAAUGCCGUGGUCCUGGCGAGGGGAAUUCCUCCCGGCGAAGAGAGAUGAAUACAACAUGAUCCGGCACGCCCUCGAGAAUGAGAAAUUCCCUCCAAAGUUCCCCAACGGUCUCGCCCGAGCUUUCCAUGACCUCAGCUUGGAUGAGCAGACUGGCAUGGUGCGGAAACGCUUGACGGACUACAGCAAGAAGAUCUACCACAAGAUUCACGAGACCAAGACAAUUGAGCGAGAGGCAAUCAUCUGCCAACGCGAGAAUCCCUUUUACGUCGACACUGUCAAGGACUUCCGAGACCGUCGUYACGACUUCAAGGGAAAGCAAAAGGUGUGGAAAGGCAAGACCUCCGAGUUGGAAAAGGCCAAUGCCGCCGCAAGUGAGGUUGAAGAAGCGAAGAAGAUGAUUGUCCUGUUUGAUUCUCUCCAACUUGCCCACAAGGUCAUUCUGAACUCCUUCUACGGAUACGUCAUGAGAAAGGGAUCUCGCUGGUAUUCCAUGGAGAUGGCUGGUGUGACUUGCCUGACAGGAGCUCACAUCAUCCAACUGGCUCGACAGCUAGUCGAGCGGAUUGGUAGACCCUUGGAAUUGGACACUGACGGAAUCUGGUGCAUCCUCCCUGCCACAUUCCCCGAAAACUUUGGCUUCAAGCUGAAGAACGGCAAGAAGAUGACCAUCUCAUACCCGUGUGUCAUGUUGAAUCAUCUUGUUCAUGGAAAGUUCACCAAUCAUCAAUAUCAGGAGCUUGUCGAUCCGCAGACCUUCAAGUAUGAGACUCAYAGCGACAACACCAUCUUUUUCGAAGUCGAUGGCCCGUACAAAGCCAUGAUCUUGCCAACAUCAAAGGAAGAGGACAAGAACUUGAAGAAGCGGUAUGCUGUCUUCAACGACGAUGGUACCCUGGCAGAAUUGAAGGGGUUCGAAGUCAAGCGGAGAGGAGAGCUAAAAUUGAUCAAGAUCUUUCAGCAGCAAAUCUUCAAGUUCUUCUUGGAGGGGACAACUCUUGCGGAGACAUAUGGCGCUGUCGCAAAGGUUGCGAACAAGUGGCUGGACGUGUUGCACUCGCAUGGAAGUACACUCGCAGAUGAAGAGCUGAUUGAUCUCAUUUGCGAGAACAAAAGCAUGGCCAAGACGCUUGAAGAGUACGGCGCCCAAAAGUCCACAGCCAUCACCACGGCGAAGCGGCUUGCCGAGUUCUUGGGCGAGCAGAUGGUCAAAGAUAAAGGACUGAACUGCAAGUACAUUAUCUCGUCGCGGCCCAAGAAUGCUCCCGUCACAGAACGUGCAAUCCCAGUCGCUAUCUUCUCGGCAGAGGAGACUGUCAAGCGAUACUACCUUCGGAAGUGGAUGAAGGAAGAUCCAGGAACGAUGGACCCAAGAGAUAUCAUCGAUUGGGACUACUACCUCGAGCGGUUGGGUUCGGUCAUUCAAAAGCUCAUCACCAUCCCUGCUGCGCUGCAAAAGGUCCGAAACCCUGUCCCUAGAGUCGCUCACCCAGAUUGGCUCAAUCGAAGGAUCCGUAUCAAAGAAGACGUCUUCAAGCAGAAGAAAAUGACGGAUAUGUUUGGGAAGCAGCCACUCGCAGAACUCGAUGCCAACAGCAUGGCGCUUCGAGCCGGUGGCGACAUGGAAGACUUUGGCUCCUCUGCGGUGUCCAAGCUGAAGACGUCGACUGCUGUGAGAGCUAUUGGAUCGCAGAAGCGGAAGACUAUCGAUGAGGCUCCCGUCGCGCCCAUCAAUCCGUACGUUACCCUUCCUCCUGUGAUGCCUUCCAUCACGGAAGACUACCCCGGGUGGCUGAAAUACCAGAAGAAGAAGUGGAAGAUCCAGAAAGCUGCUCGCCAACGUAGACGUCAGCUGUUUGGUGAGAAGCGGGCCGAUGCAACGGAUGCUAUUGGUACUUUCUUCCGGAAUCAAGCUGAGAUGCUGUACACCACCGAUUGGCAGAUAUUGCAACUUCGAGAGACCGAGUCGCCGGGUGAAGUCAAGGCGUUUGUGCUUAUUGAUAAGAAAGUCCAUCAGCUGAAGGUCAUUGUCCCGAGACAAGUCUUCCUCAACCUGAAAGAGGAUGAUCUUCCGGACGUCACUGUCGAUGGAGUGACGGCAGAGAAAAUCACGAACCACACUCUUCCCAAUGGCCACCCUUCAACACAUCUGUUCAAGCUUACCAUGAGCGAACAGGUCUACGUCAAAGAGACGGAAAAGCUUUCCAUGCUUUUCAAUCAUGCGUCAGUGGAAGGCGUGUAUGAGAGACAACUUCCUCUCAACAUCCGCGCCUUGCUGGAACUUGGCUGUGUCUGCACUUUUGACGAAAAGCAGCGCGGCGUGUUGGGUAAAGGCCUUGAGCAGGGUUUCGAUCUCGACAAACUUCGCACUGUCCCUCCCAAGCGACCAUACAUGAGCGGCGCCAUGUUCUCCUACCUCGCAAUCUACCACAUCUCUGCUGGUGAACGAGAAAUUUACGCAGUCUUCUCAUCUACCCGGCCAGAAGCUACGAUUGUGGUCUUGAACCGUGCUCGUAGCGAGCAAGGCAUGCCCAAUGUCGACCGCAUCUACGAGGAACUUUUAGCGAGGAAGUUGGAAGCGAAUGCAGGCGAGCCGGGGCAGAAUAUGCUUGCAUAUCCAGACGCCAUGCAUUUCAAGACUGUGCAAGUGACGACCCAUCGCCGCGCUCUCCAAGAACUCGGAGACGCAGUGAAAAAGGUCCAACGAGCAGAGACCCUCCCCAUCAUGCUCGUCCUCCAAUCCCACAGUGCACAAAUGCUCCUUCACGACCUGCCAGCCCUUCAAACUCUCCCCUCCCUCAACCUCCGCCCAGACGAGACGGACAAACAACUUCCUCCUCUCGGCUGGCAAUCUUUCGUCGCGAAACGAUUGGUAGGCCACUACCUCGACCUCGGAGGUUGGAUUACACAUCUCCUCGAAUUUGCAAGAUACGGCAACAUCCCCCUUUGCAACCUCGAAUACGACGACCCUCGCUUCCUAAUCGAUGUCUCCUACGCUCGCCGCCUCCAAUCCGAACGCGUUGUCCUCUGGUGGAGUCGAGACGCCCGACCCGACCACGCCGGCCACGAGAAGGACGACGUGAUGGGGGGCAUGGAAACCGUCUCGAUGCCUGCCGUCAACGUCCCAGGAACAUACAGCUCUGUUUGUAUUGAUCUUCAGAUCAAAAAUCUGGCCAUCAAUACCAUUCUCGCUUCUGCAGUUCUCAACGAAGCGGAGGGUUCUGAUCCCAUGGGCAUCUCCGGCGCUGGAGCGAAAGAAGAUGCUCUUGAUGAGACUGGGGAGAACCUUCAAAGUGAGAAUUCUUUUGCCGCCGCGGGAAUCGGAGCUCUCAGAGCCAUGGUCWAGAAUUGGUGGCAGGAGGCCUGCAAUAAUAGCAGUGGAAGCGGGAUGGCGGAUGUUCUGGUUCAGCAUCUCGUCCGUUGGGUCGAGAGCCCAGGAAGUCAUCUCUACGACCGGAACCUACAUUUCUACGUCCAAGUCAUGCAACGCAAAGCCUUUCAGCAAUUGAUGUCGGAAUUUCGACGCGUGGGCUCGCAUGUCGUGUUCGCCAACUCGGGACGAUUGUUGUUGCAGACCAGCAAAGCCGAAGUUGGUAACGCUUUUGCAUACAGCGCCUACAUCCUCAAAACCAUGCGCGGCAAACCGGCAUUCCAUUUCCUCGACCUGGAGAUUCGAGAAUACUGGGAUUAUCUCGCUUGGUAUGAUGAAUUCAACUACGGAGGCAAAGGCUGCGUGGAAGUCGUCGAAGCGGGAAAUCAAGAGUUGGAAACCAUCAUGCAUUGGCAAAUGGCCAGUUUCCUUCCAGAGAUCCUCCAGCCGGUUUUCGGGCAGUGGGUUGUGGAGUAUAUCGAAUUGAUGCAUGAGAGGAAACGCCUCGGUCCAGGACAGAAUUCAGCGAGAGCCACACAACUACCCAUCCACGCGAGUAUUUUCAACUCGGAAACCGAAGAUCAAACCACACCAGGGAACGUCCUGGCCAAGAAUUUCAGCAAACCGCUGAUGAAGCAAAUCAUGCAACUCAUCAAACGCCAACGCACGGAAUCCCUCCACGAAGAACUCGUAGCGGAUUGGAAAUUCCCCACCCUACCAGGAAGCCAUCUCAAUCCCCAGAAUCCCGUCCUGGAACUCGUCAAAAGUCYCAUGCAAGUCCUCUCUCUCGACAAAACCAUCACAUUGGAAGCGAGAUUACUCCGCAAAGAUCUCCUCCAUCUCUUUGAAAUCCGAGAAUUCUCCCCGGCGGGAGCUUUCUCCAACCCUUCAACCAGCUGCGUCAUCCCCGGAUUAAGCUGUGCGGAAUGCUGUGUCGCGCAAUCCAUCGAUCUCUGUCGUGACAGCGACCUUUCCGGCCCGGAUGGCUCUCUGGCUCCGACUUGUGAUAAUUGCAACGCGGGGUUCGAUCGGCUGGUGAUUGAAGAGGGUUUGAUCCGCGAGGUUCUGCGAUGUCGGGUCGAGUGGAUGACGCAGGAUGUGCGGUGUGGGAAGUGUAGACGGGUGCGCACGAAUGAGUUUAUGGAAUUUUGUGGGUGUGCUGGGGCUUGGGUCGAGAGUGUUGGGAAGGGGGAGGUGGAGAGACGGGUGGGAGUUUGGAGGAGUGUGGCGCAGUUUUGGGGGUUGAGGAUGUUGGAGGGGGUUUUGUCACAAUUGUGA